UUACAAGUGCGUGUAAAUUGAAUAUUGUGUUCGAAACAAAGUUUGAACUACUACUUUCCAUUUAAAGAUUAUUAUUAUUUUAAUAGAAAGAAAAACAUUUGCAUUUAAAUACGGAAACUGGGAAAAAUUUCAGCAAUAAAAUUUUGAUAUCAAUUUACAUUACAAUGUAGGAACAAAUUGCAGAAAUCAACAAAAAAUUGGUACACAAUUAAACUGUGAGUGUCUCUUCAAAAAAUCAGAAUAUUUUCAGCCAAUAAUGAUCAACAGUUUUAUUACGAAGCUGCACUAGCAGAAGCAUGCCCAAACCAAAAGAAAGAUUAUGAAAUAAAGCCUAUAAAUUAAAAAUGAAAUUCGAUUAAAAAGUAUAAAAUAAAAUAAUUGAAAUUGAAUGUACAUAUUAUACUGAAAAAAAAUUUAAAAAAUAAUCGAUUAAGUAAAAAUGUUUUUUUUUGCAAACAUAAAUAAUAAAAAUUGAUAAAACUUAGUGACAACGAAAGAAUUGUGUGUAAAAAUGCAUGCACCGCAAGAGUAAAAGGUUUCUAGAAUUGCAUAAAAAUUAAUUAUAUUAUUUACACCACACUAAUAGUGUUCAACUGCAGCAAGUUCCUCUAAAAUCGAGCCGUUUACUUAUAAGUAAAAAGUUUACAUAAAUCAAAUAAACAUACAACAAUAAAAAGCCUUUGCAAAAUUCACACAUCAUUAAAAAUUCUACAUCACCCACUUACGUCGCGAAAAUGUACGCGCAUCAAAGCAAAAUGCCGACGGCAACUCGUAACUGUAGCGGGCUAAUCUGUGCCAUAAUCGUCGCGUUCACUUGUUGUCUCACAACGCCAACCGUACGCGCGGUGCAUCGGUACGAUCAAACGCCCGUCGAAGCUAGCCCCUACUACCGCACCUCCGCAUCGGGUGAAAUGAUCAGUUCAUCGGCAAUGACAAGUGAUGCAUUUCCGCAUCAUAAUCGUUGUGAACCGAUCACUAUUUCCAUAUGUAAAAAUAUACCCUACAACAUGACAAUAAUGCCGAAUUUAAUUGGUCAUACGAAGCAAGAGGAAGCCGGUUUGGAAGUACAUCAAUUUGCGCCGCUCGUUAAAAUCGGUUGUAGUCCCGAUUUGCAAUUAUUCCUUUGCUCUUUGUAUGUGCCCGUUUGUACGAUACUCGAACAACCGAUACCACCAUGUCGUUCGUUAUGUGAAUCGGCGCGUAUUUGUGAGACACUCAUGAAAACAUAUAAUUUCAAUUGGCCGGAGAAUUUGGAAUGUUCGAAAUUUCCCAUAAGUGGCGGUGAGGCAUUGUGUGUUGCCGAGAAUACGACUUCGUCGACGCCGACACCGACGCGUAGCAUACCGAAGGUAACGCCACGGAAAAAUUAUGCAGACAGUCCGCAUCGUAAUAUCGGUUUCGUGUGCCCGGUGCAAUUGAAGACGCCCCAAGGUAUGGGCUAUGCACUCAAAGUUGGUGGAAAGGAAUUACGCGACUGUGGCGCCCCAUGUCAUGCCAUGUUUUUCCCGGAAAAAGAACGCACUGUUCUACGCUACUGGGUUGGCUCGUGGGCGGCUGUCUGUGUGGCAAGUUGUCUUUUUACGGUGCUGACCUUUCUCAUUGACUCGUCGCGUUUUCGCUAUCCGGAGCGUGCCAUUGUUUUUCUCGCCGUUUGCUAUCUCGUUGUGGGUUGCGCGUAUGUGGCCGGUUUGGGUGCGGGCGAUUCGGUGGCGUGUCGUGAACCAUUCCCGCCACCGGUGCGUCUGGGGCGGUUGCAGAUGAUGUCGACAAUAACGCAGGGUCAUCGCCAAACCACCGCUUGUACGGUUUUAUUUAUGGCGCUGUACUUUUGUUGCAUGGCCGCCUUUGCUUGGUGGUCGUGCUUGGCGUUCGCCUGGUUUUUAGCCGCCGGCCUCAAAUGGGGUCACGAGGCGAUCGAAAAUAAAUCGCAUUUAUUUCAUUUGGUCGCUUGGGCCAUACCGGCGUUGCAGACAAUUUCGGUGCUGGCAUUGGCCAAAGUUGAAGGCGACAUACUCUCCGGCGUUUGCUUCGUCGGUCAACUGGAUACACACUCACUCGGCGUCUUCCUCAUACUACCGCUCUGUAUUUAUCUCUCCAUUGGCGCCCUAUUUCUACUCGCCGGCUUUGUAUCGCUCUUUCGCAUACGUACCGUUAUGAAGACAGAUGGCAAACGUACGGAUAAAUUAGAGCGUCUCAUGAUGCGUAUCGGCUUCUUCUCCGGUCUUUUCAUAUUGCCGGCGCUCGGUUUUCUCGGUUGUCUUUUCUAUGAGUACUAUAAUUUCGAUGAAUGGAUGAUACAAUGGCAUCGCGAUAUUUGCAAACCAUUCUCCAUACCAUGUCCGCAGUUGCGUCAGGAUGGUUUGGAAUCGCGACCCAUCUUUCAGAUUUACAUGGCCAAAUAUUUGUGUUCAAUGUUGGUGGGCGUUACGUCGAGCGUGUGGUUGUAUUCGGGUAAAACGAUGGUGAGUUGGCGUAAUUUCGUCGAGCGGCUGCAGGGGAAGGAUCCACGUACGCGUGCUCAGGCUUAUGUUUAGUUUAGUUUAAGCUUUAGAAUGGUCAAUAUUAUUAUUAAGGUGUGUAAUAAAGCGUGUGUGUUGUUGUGCUUCUCUUUAUAAUCGUUGUGUGAGUGAGCGUACUAUGACUUUUUUUGAGUUUUUUUUUUAAAUGUAUAUUUUGUAAAAUAUUUCAGAAAAAAAGUUAGAAAUCAUAUUAGUCUCAAGUCUUUCAGAUAUUUAUAGUCUUGUUGUUCAUACCAAUUGCUCAGUAACUUUUUUACACUCAAAAUUUUUAAUAAACAAUGUUGGGUUAUGUGAAAAUUAAACUAACUUAAAAAAAGAGAUUAUUGAUAUUGCUGCUUAUGCCUGUGUGUGCGUGUAUUCGAAAAAUUUGUUGUGAGUGUUAUUUAUAUAAGUGUGUGCUAUUUUUAAUAAUUAUUUAAGUGUAUUAUAUAAUUGAGUGUUUGAGCCAUUUUUUCUGAAACUUUCGAGUGCAAAUGUUAAAAAAGUAUAGUGUGUUAAACAGCUCAGCGAUUCCCAAGUUUUAUAAAAAAAGAAGAAAAAAUAAUCAAAAUUAAUUUUUAAGUAAAAUGUGUGUGUUUAAGUGCUUCAACUGUACGUAUUAUUAUUAUUAUAUAAUUUAAUUUUAAUUAACACUGUAAAAACUUAACGGAGAUAUUUAGUUUGUAGUUGUAAAAGCUUUACUUGUGCCCUAAAAAUAGUUGUAAAGAAGUAAACGAUUAAUUUAUUGUUUCACAUAUAGAAAGAGAAGGCAGUAGAGGAGAUCAAAAGAUAUGAAAAUUUGAAAACAGUCAAGAAUAUAUUUUAGGUAAGAGAAUUAUUUUUUAUUAUACUUAUUUGAAACUAUAUGUAUUGCUAUCGAAACCAUUAAUGGAAUUUCGCCUCUUAGAAUUUUCGGCAUAGGAAAACGUUUCUUGAAAAUGCAUAGGCCUUUUAAAGGGACUUUGGAGCACUUCAUUUGUCAGAUAACACCAUAAUAACCAUCAAAAAUAUUAGUAUUAUUAUGACUUGUUAAAAUAACUUUCCAUACUGUGUUUCACAAGUUCAUAAAAAUCAGUAGGCUCUUUGCAGGAACACCAAAAUUUUAGAUUUCUCCAUUUUUCAGAUAACACCAAGAUAACUAUCAAAAGAAUAAAUAUUUUUAUAAUUUCUUAGAGAAAGAACUUUA